GCCAGCAAAGGGGCCCGUGCAUCAUUCGAGAAAUCAGUUAGUAAAGCGCUUGUGUUCGGUUUGUAUCGUUUACCGCUAGGCGCGAAGAGCAUGGCGUAGCGAGAGACGUUGUUACUAUACGUGUUACAGUGUGUCGAUUGUACUUUUUCGGAUCAGUGAGAGAUUGAUUUUCAGUGAAGAUGUCCGUGAUGCAAAUUCAGCAGGCCAAGCGGCAGCAGUGCUACCUCUGUGACCUGCCAAGGAUGCCCUGGGCGAUGGUCCAUGAUUUUUCGGAGGCGGUUUGCAGGGGGUGCGUCAACUACGAGGGGGCGGACCGGAUCGAGAUAGUUCUGGAGACGGCCCGCCAGAUGAAACGGGCGCACGGCUUCCAGGAGCAGCAGCCGCGCCAUGCGACUAAGACGCACCGUUCCGCUCACGAGCACCAGAACGGGGAAGUUGUGGCGGCGGCGGCAUCGAGCAGGCAGCAGACGGCCGUCCAUCACUCGACCACCUACAGCCUGCACCACUCGCGGUCCAACAUGCUCGCCGAGUACCAGGCCGCUCAACCGCCUCCGCCGCCAAGGGGCAGCUCGGCCAUGUCCCGCCCUCAGCUAGAGGCCACCCCCGAGCACGAUAUCGUCGCGCGUACCGCGGUACGACUGUCGACGGCCCACAUGGCCGCCCACCACCAGAUUCCAGCUCACCACCAUCCGAGCAACGGGAGACCCAGUGCCAUGUCCCAGCAGGGCAUCAAGCGGGGUCUGUCCGCCACCGAUGAGGAUGACCACCAUGGUCAUCAUCACUCUAAUGGGGACGGCAGCGUUACGAAGAGGAUGAUGUCUGUGGAGGAACACGGUACGGCCGUUAGGCCUCCUCUUACUAGAGGGGAUUCUCUACCCGCUGUGUCUUUGGCGCAACCUUUUGUCAUUUCUACGGAGAGGACUUUCAAGCAGGAGAAGCAUCCGAUCAGGACGACCUCCUUUGACUCUGGUUCCGCAUUCAAAACGAACGCUUCGGUAUCAGUAUCAAACACAAAUGGCACUACGUCCAGUUCACCCCUGAAUAGGACAGGCUCUCCGCCAGAAGCCAACGUAGCCGGUACAACGCAACAGAAUCAACCAACCACCGGAUCCGGCCAAAGCCCAAUGGCCGCUCUCAUGUCUGUUGCGGAUAAUCUUCCCCCGGGCAGCCCCCGUUCGACAGGGGGUAGUCCUCCCACGAACGUGGCUCCCAGAUCAGCAUCGAGAGGAUCUCAGCACUCCCCGAAUUCUUCAGCAGGGUCGUCCAGCGGUAGGAGAUCCUCAGGAUCACGGCAUGUGUCUUCUACUACUGUUACGUCCACUGAAGCUGGUGCUAUGACAGUAGGUAAUACCGAAUCUUUGUCUACGAAUGGCGAAAGUGUUGCAUCAACUCCCGCAACACCAGUCACCCUGAAGUGCACCCUUUGCCAGGAAAGACUAGAAGAUACCCAUUUCGUUCAGUGUCCCUCUGUACCGUACCACAAGUUCUGCUUUCCCUGCAGCAGGGAUAGCAUCAAGAGGCAAGGAGCUGGAUCUGAGGUUUAUUGCCCAAGUGGCGAAAAAUGUCCUUUAGCCAAUUCCAACGUCCCGUGGGCAUUUAUGCAGGGCGAGAUUGCCACCAUACUGGGCGAGGAAUAUAAAGUGAAGAAAGAAAAAGAAACUUAAACGGAAUAACCACGCUCUUGAGGGUGACACUUUAUCUCGAUUUCUAUCGAGUAUCUCUUGGCGGAGAGAUGAAAUUGUAGAAAACUGGCGAAAGGUCGAAAAAAAAAGAUGUCGGAUUUUAACAGUUUGCCUGAAAGGAAAGGCGUGUACAUUGGAAAGAAGAUGGCUGUGUUGAAAUAUUAGUUUUACGGUGGACGAAGAGUCCACGAAUCCGUCUUAUGAUUGUACAACUACCGAAUUAUAAAUUGGCUAGCAUCGCCGAAUUUGUAAAUAAGAUCAGGUAGAAUUACGAACGUCUCGGAAGAAGUUAUAUUGAAAUGUUAGAGUUUUCAUUUUAUUUGAGUCGAUAUCUUCUCGUCCUGUAAUUGUUUGUGGAUAAUUUCAGUUAACUUUCACUUUAUUUGUAAAUAUUGUACAUAAAAUGGAAUUUGAAAUUGUACAAAAUAUAUUUAUCGUUUAGAAGUUUA